AUGUUCGUAAGCUUUUCAUUGCUCUCUGAAAAUUGGGUGCGCGCCGACGUUCUCGACACGCGAGAAUUACAAAAGAGUGGAAUUGUCAACACCGGCAUCUUUACAGGUACUAGAGAACUGUAUGAUCAUAACGGAUCAAAUGGCACGCGAUUUAAUGUUUUUGAAGAGCUCCAAGACGGAACGUCGUUUUUCACCCGCUCUGUUUGGAUAUUCUUCCUGUUCUUCGAGUCAAUGUCCCUUAUUUGGUCUCUAGCUGGUGUCAUUUCCUGCACAUUCUCAUUAACCACACUCGGACACGAUUCGUCAAUCGCUGGUGCCAAUGGAAUAUAUUUAUGGAGUUUAUUGUCAUCUGUAUCACACGGAGGAGCGUUAGCGCUAUUUUAUUCACAAUUUCAAAGCUCGAUCAAGCUAAACAUGCUGCUUGAUGAUCAAAUCUCUGUCGGAUUUAGUACGUUUGGUCAGGCUAGCUUAUCCUACGCUUUCUACAUGGCUCUGUGCGCACUUUUCUCCCUUUAUGUUCCACCACUUACCAUGGUUGUUUUCACCGAACAAAUCGUUUCCAUCAAUCGAAAGCCAUCCGAAUUGAAGCCAGAAGAUCGCGAAACAAUUAUGAAAUUAUAUCCAGACGAAAAAAUACGAAAUAAAGCGAUGGAGUUAAAUGUGACAACGCUCAACGCAAAAUCAAUUAUUCAUCAUUUAAUCAAAUACCCGAAAGCUUUCGAUGUACUCAUGCAAACGACUGGCGAUGAAACCGUUCCGGGUGUUCGAAUAACGCGCUCAAAACGAAAAAAGACGCCCGAAACUGGUGAAAAAGUCGCCGUCACCACCGUCGAUUUUCAAUUCAAAGAAGACGACGAGUUCGAUGAAGACUAUUGCUCGGAAAUUUCCGACAACGAUGUCGACGAUGAAGAGGUCGAAGAAGAGGACGAAUCGGAUGAAGAGGUGUCCGACGAAGAAGAAGACGACGACGACGAAUUAGAAGAGGAGCAUGCUGAAGAAGCAAUUCAUGAGCAUUUCGAUGAAAUUCAAGAUCCGUUUGUGCAAAUGGAUAAAGAGGAAAUGAGCGCGAAAUGUCCGGAGGCCGAACGCGCAAAUUUGAACGAUUCGUCGAUUCGCAACGAGACGUGCUCAUUUCCUGAUUUGGACACCUCAUUUCAUUUCAAAAGCAAUUUCGAAAUCGAUGAUUUCGAUCCCGAUUAUUUAAAAAUUAUAAAUUCUGUCAUCCAUAAAGAAGAUCAACUACUUCCCGAUGAUGAUCCAGAAGACGCCGACUAUGAAUAUCAUUCCGAUGAGGACAACAACAUUCUCGAUGUUGAUUAUCGCGAGGACAUGCAAUGCGGCAAAUCGACGAAAAUCCCGCCGAACGAAGUCAAACGCCUCUAUAUGGACACAAUCAUUGCGGUGAAGGAGAUCCCAAUGGCUGUCAUACCAAAAGAAGCGAUUCCCGAUAUUCAAACAGUCGGGAAGGCGGCCGAGAGAAAUGAGGAUGUCGGCAAAAAAACGCAACGACAGAAGGAUGAAGACGUGGUGAAGCGAUUGAGAGAGAAUGCGGAAAAUGCACCUCAAUCGUGCACGCUGCUGAGAGGCAACAAUGUGUUCUUCCGACCGUGUGAAAUCGAGCAGCUGAAAAUGCAACUAGAACAGCACGUUCAGUUAUUGACGCAGAGUGUUGUCAUGUGCUAUUGGGAGAAGAAUUUCUUUGAUACGAAAAAUCAAGCUCAAAGAAUGAUUAACGAACUCGACAAUUACUACGCCCAUUAUGGUCCCCAAUCAAUAUUCAACAUUCCAAAUCUUGGAGCAUCGAUCGAGUCUUGCCACGACAUUAUUCAUGUUGAGCCCGUCGAAGAAGUGUUCACGAAUUGGAGUUCAAACACCGAAGACGUCAUGGGUCCGGCGAUUCGGCCCGAGGCGAUCGUUGUGCUCUCAAGAAGUUCGGCCAUCAAAUUUCCGUCGCUUCUACCGAAAAUCCAACCGAGGGAUUUAUUGCCGGAAACGAAUUUCACGCGAUCCGAAGACAUCAUGCUUGCAUUAGCAUUAUUACAAUUCGCUCAUUUGCCGCGACGCGCGUAUGGCUGUAACACACUGGAUAGGUACCGAGCGAUUCAUGAGAAUUGUUUGCCGGCAAGAUCGCCGGAUAAAAUUCGAAUUCAUAUGAAAACUAUGCGGAAUGUCCAUGAGAAAUCAUCGCCUAUACACAUUCUCAUUGCGCAAGCCGAACAAGGAAUAUGCAAAAUGGAGUUCCCAAUUCCACCGGUUACGGUAAUCGACGCUCCAAUUCAAUUGUGGCCUGAAGAUUUUCAACCGAAUUGGUACAAGUAUUUUUCGCGAUUUUUUGAUGUCAUUGAUAAUUACAAAAUCGUGCCAAAAAUGGAAAUGUUCCGCUCGUUCGUCGUAACGCCAACGGUGGCGAUAACACAAGGAAGCGCGAAUUUGACCAAUUCGGAUGAUAGUCCGUACAUUAGUCUGGGGACCAUUGACGGCGGUAAACCGAUUAUAAUGGAGAAGCAGCACGUCGCGGCGCUUGUCAAUCAACUCUUUCCGGAUGAAUCGCCAUCAAAACGAAAGAGGAAAAUUUUGACGCCGAUGAAAGUUUCGAUGGACGACGAGGUGCGUCGAAAUAACGACGAGCGCAAUCAGAACGAGUCGCCGCGAGAAGAAGGACCUGAAAAUGCAGAUGAGCAAAAUUUGAGAGUUGAAGAGAAUUCAAUGAUCGAUGAGGGAAGCAUCACGUUCAUUACGCCGCUGACACCCGGAAAACGGCCGAUGUCGAGUCUCGGACCAAUUUUCGACGCCUCGAACCUCGACAACUUCGAGUUUACCACGCCGGGCGGCGCGUCGUCGUCGUCGUUGGGGCCGCCGCCGAAAACGCCGAAAUGGGGUGAGAGCGACGACGAUUGGCGGACGGACUUCAUUGGAUUCGAUGAGUAUUCGAGGCACGACGUCGACGGCGCUUCCGAAUGCGUUGGCGAACAAGAAUCUCGUGUGACGUUUGAAAGCGAAGCGGGCACCAGCGACGACGGCGAACGAUUCUCGGAGAGCUAUGAUCCGUUGCGAAAACGCCGAAAGCGGUCGCGUUUGGAAAAGGAGAAUAUGGGCGAGAUGGGAAUGAAGGAUUUGAAGUAUAGGCAUUGGCAAAAAAUGAUCAUCUCGCGGAAAAUUCUCAACGACAUUGAGAAUCGAUUAUUUAUGCAUACGGAAAAAUGGAAGAAGCUCAAGAGUUUAAUCAAUGACUCAUCGAUUGACGAAGAGCAGAAGGUUGAAAAAAUAGUGGAGCUGUUCGAAAUGAUGCCGGAUGUACUGAAUCUCGCCCUAUUAUUUGUGCCGAUUGAAUAUUUGCCGCAAAAAAUUCUAAGCGAUCCUCUACGAAUGUCAUAUCAAAUUGCGAUUCACGCAAUAUUCGAUAUUGAGGGUUAUAUAUCGGCGGCGAAAAUCAAAACGCCAACGGUUCGGCAACUAUUCAAACUAAUUUCGAAAAUCGAAUGGAAAAACCUAAGCUCGGUUGAAGCCGCCGAACGAUUCCAUCAGUUGUUGGGACACGAGAGGCCGCUUUGGAAGCGAAUUGAGAAGGUGUUUUACGGAUUGGCGGCAAAAGAGCGAGGAGCUUUAGAAGAUUUCGAAUACAUCGAUUUUACCAAAGGAGAGAUUCCGGAAACGGAUGUUCAAUUCGAAAUUAUCUCUGAUUUGGACAAAGUUUUUCCGUCACAAACCACUAUCAAGAAAUCGCAGACGUCCCUAAUGGUCAAAGCUGGACAAAUGUAUGUUCAAAAGAAGGGAAAUUUUGUGCCAGUGAAAAUAAUCCAAAAUAAAUGGACAAAAGCUUAUGAUAUGGAAUUGCUCACUGCUUACAAUCAUUGCAUGAAGACUUACAAGAAGAUAAGCGUUGACGAGAUUCUCAAAGCGACCUCGUCAUUGCCGUUCGAUCGCGACGAAAUCGCUGAAAGAAUGGAAUAUCUGUUGGCGUUACUCUGA